UAAUUGAGCUAAUUGACUUAAAACGUAUCAUUUCAGUGUGUUUUAUUAAGUGAUAUAGCAAAACUGAUUGAGUGGGUUUCCUGCCAAGACCGUAGAAAGGCUUGUGGGUUUUGAAACUACUUUCCAGAAAAAUAUGUUUGUGUUGUCUGACCCCACCUCAGUGUUUAAGCAGCAGUUGUGAUAGACAUAGCAAUCUGAAGUGAUGGCAACAUCAGGACGUAGUAUCAUGAGAAGCUUGGGUAAUACCAAGGGCUCAGAGAGGAGCUAGAGAAUAUGUGGAAGGUGAAGGCAACAGAGGUUCCAGUGGUGAUCGGAGCACUCGGGGCAGUGACCCCUAAACUUGGAAAUGGCAUCAGAAAAUCUCAGGAACAACAUCCAUGAUCUCUAUCCAGAUGAGCACAGUCCUAGGAACAGCUAAGAUACUGCUCACAACCUGCAAGGAAUGAAGAACGAGUGGGGCGAGAACAAAGCCAAUACCAUUUUAUUACCAAGCUGUAUUGUAAAUUGCUUAUUACAUUAUCGUGUAUUUUUCUUUUGGCAGCAACUCUUUUUCCUUUGCUAAUUGCCUUGAGGAACAAAAGUGUGCAUCAAGACUCUUCAGACCUUAUUUUUAAGAAAGCAAAUCGUAUGUUCCUUGUGCAGCAACAGCCAACCCAAGUAGGUUGCCUAUGCGUUUGUCUCAUUGGUUUUCGGGCCGCGCUACGUAAAGCACCCAGCUUAAAAAGAAAAACCCACACUGACCACCGUGACACUGUGAGUUGCUCAGCUUGUCUGCUAGUCGCACCUCAAACUGUAGUUGAGCUGACAGCCAUGUAUCCUGCAGGUUACCCACCUGAGAAUAUCCCAUUGCAGGGGAGAUACCCAGUGGUUCAGGGACACCCUGGAGUAUCUACAGUGGUUCAGGGACACCCUGGAGUAUCUACAGUGGUUCAGUACACAUCUGUGAGCGUCCCCCCUGAGCCCCCCAGGGACCACAUCAUCUGGUCCCUCUGCUGCUUUCUACACCCCUUCGGCCUCGGACUGGCGGCCUUCAUCUACUCCAUCAAGGCCAGAGACCGGAAGGUGGUUGGAGAUAUGGAAGGAGCCCGACGCUACGGCUCCACCGCCCGCCGCCUCAACAUCUUGGCCACAGUCCUGGGUCCCAUCCUGUUCCUUAUUUGCUUUAUUCCCACCAUCAUUUUUGUCAAUUAUUAGAUAAACUAUCCUCGAGACACUGUACCUCUGUAUGGAGGUUGAAUUUGAAAGGGCAGAGUGUUUUCUGAAGCUGUGACUUGGUGAUAAUUCUCUUUAUCUGCUUUGCGGUUAUGGCUACUGUUUUAAACGUUUUACUUAUAUCUUCAAGCAAAACGUUUUUAUUUUUGUUACAAAAGUCUUAAAUGGAACUCCUGUAUGUUUCCAUAAUGACAAUGUGUAGUAAUUCUUGCAAGAGUUACCUAAUAAAUUCUAUUUCCCUGUCGGCAACAGUUUCAUUUUGUGCUAAACUGUAACAGAUGGUGUUUUCAAAAUAAAGAACCCCACCCAAAGAAGAAAAGGGAA